AUGCGCACAAUCCGCUUUAUAAAGAGACUGGACUCAGACACACACCUCAGUCACAGUCUCACUCUGAUACAGGAACCUACAGCACUGUGAACAGCAAGAAAAUCUUCUGGAUCACUGGCAGAAAUACUCAAGAACUGUUUGCUUUUUUAAUUUCCAAAGAAAUGAUGGCUUCGAAGAUGAAGGACCGCAAGAGAACACCGGUGUCACACAAGGUGAUCGAGAAGAGGAGGAGAGAUCGCAUUAACCGCUGUCUGAAUGAACUGGGCAAAACCGUCCCCAUGGCCCUGGCCAAACAGAACUGUGGAAAACUAGAGAAGGCAGAAAUAUUAGAGAUGACUGUCCAGUACCUACGGGCUCUGCACUCAGCCGACUUUCCUCGCGGGAGAGAAAAAGGAGAGCUCCUGAGUGAGUUUGCUAACUACUUCCACUACGGCUACCACGAGUGCAUGAAGAACCUGGUGCACUACCUGACCACGGUGGAGCGCACAGAGACCAAAGACAACAAGAACGCACGCAUCCUGGCCUUCCUGCAGUCCAAGGUGGUUUCCGAACCCGUGUUUGGGUCGCGUUACGAGUCUGCGUUCUCCUCGCCCGAGCCUGUAGACUUCCUGUGUCAGCUACGUUCUCCGCCGGAGUGCCACCAGACCCCGAGCGAACCCGUCUUCCAGCAGAGCCACAGCGGCCAUUUAUCCUGGCACGGCUCGGCGCUCAGCUACCCUCAGCAGCACGGACUGGACCAUCACCAUUACAUGAACUUCAUGAGCCACUCGCACAGCUUGCACACGACGCCACACGUCGCUUUGUAG